AAAACCCCAAACAAACUCCAUGUAGGUAUUCACAAAUGACAGGUAAAUUUACCUGUUUACACUUCCAACUUCAGUCUUGAGAACACUUCAUCAAAUUAUAAAAUUUUGAGUUAGAAAAUGGAUAUGCAAUUGAUUUCACAAUACUGCCACCCACUUGAGGCACCUCUCUACAAUAUCUGCCGGGGAGAACUGUGAAAAUGUUUGCACUUGGGAAACAGUAAUAAAACCAAAGAAAUAGUGGUGCGUAUUUACAUUACCUAAAAGCGUCCAUUCCCUGCAGAGACGCAGAGGCCCUGAGGAAACACAGAGGGGUCGUUUCCUUUACCCAAAGGGAAACCCAGGCUGAACGCCUCUAAGGCUUUGGACAGCUGUUAGGCGUGGAAACAAAGUGCAAACUGGAAGGAAAAGGGAAAAAAACAGUGACUCUCCGCCUGUUUUAAUAAGUUACGCUGUUCCAAAGGAGUGCGCUUAGGAGAGCGGAAACCAUGAAGUUCAAGGUACUUCCAUUCCUCCGAAACGCCCUCCCAGAAAUUUCUGCUCAGCGCCUCCUUUCGGUUAACCUAGUUCACUCGGGAAGCUUCUCCGUCUCCCUGGCAACCGAGCUGCCACCAAUUGCAGCUAAGGACGGGUGGUCACGUGGCCUCUGCCGCUGCCCUAGCGGAAGCAACAUGGCGGCUCCGGCGAGCCGUCGCUGCGAGGUUUGAAUUACUCCGCUUGUAGCCGCUGCCUCCCUGAUGAUGGCGUCUCCGGUUUUGUGCGGCUCGCGUCAGAGCCCAGAGCGCUCUUCACAAGAAGAUGAGGAUUGUGAUCCUGAAGAUCGGGUCAGCGACUCGGGUUCUUACUCCUCUGCGAGUAGCGAUUAUGAUGACCUCGAGCCUGAAUGGCUGGACAGUGUGCAGAAAAAUGGAGAGCUGUUUUACCUCGAAUUGAGUGAGGAUGAAGAAGAGAGCCUCCUUCCUGAGACGCCUACUGUGAACCACGUCAGGUUCAGUGAAAAUGAGAUUAUUAUUGAAGAGGAUGACUACAAAGAAGGAAGAAAGUAUGAACCCAAACUCAAGCGGUUUACCAAAAUUUUAAAAAGUAAAAGACUUUUACCCAAGCGCUACAAUAAAAAAAAUAGCAGCAACAGUGGCCCAGUGCCCAUUCUAAAGCAUCAGUCCAAUCAGAAAACAGGAGUCAUCGUCCAACAGCGGUACAAAGACAUAAAUGUUUAUGUAAACCCCAAAAAGCCAACUGUCACCAAAGCUAAAGAGCAGCUCAAGCUUUUGGAGGUACUGGUUGGGAUUAUCCAUCAGACCAAGUGGAGCUGGAGAAGAAGUGGAAGACAGGGCGGUGGAGAGAGGCUCGUGGUCCACGGCCUGCUGCCGGGAGGGUCUGCUAUGAAGAGUGGUCAGAUACUCAUUGGUGAUGUCCUUGUUGCUGUGAACGAUGUUGACGUGACCUCUGAGAACAUAGAGAGAGUUCUGUCUUGCAUCCCUGGACCUAUGCAGGUAAAACUGACAUUUGAAAAUGCACAUGCUGUGAAAAAGGAAACAACUGAACCCAGACAGAAAAAGGCACCGUCCAACACAAGUGAUUUAGUGAAACUUCUGUGGGGAGAAGAGGUGGAAGGUAUCCAGCAGAAUAUUCUAAACACUCCUCAUAUCGUUAUGUACCUCACACUGCAGCUCGACUCGGAAACAUCAAAGGAAGAGCAGGAAAUUCUUUAUCAUUAUCCAGUAUCUGAUGCAUCUCAGAAACUUAAAAGUGUGAGAGGGAUAUUUCUCACACUCUGUGACAUGUUGGAAAAUGUAACUGGGACACAAGUUACUAGUUCAUCCCUUCUCUUAAAUGGGAAACAAGUUCAUGUGGCUUAUUGGAAAGAAUCCGACAAGUUGUUGUUAAUUGGCCUGCCUGCUGAAGAAGUUCCUCUUCCUCAGCUAAGGAAUAUGAUAGAAGAUCUUGCCCAAACCUUAAAAUUUAUGUAUAGUUCUUUAGAUAGUGCCUUUUGCCAGGUUGAGAAUGUUCCUCGUUUGGAUCAUUUUUUCAGCUUGUUCUUUCAAAGAGCACUUCAGCCUGCUGCACUGCAUUCCAGUGCCAGUCCCAGUGCACAGCAGUACGAUGCUUCCGGUGCGGUACUGUUAGACAAUCUCCCUGGAGUUCGGUGGCUCACACUUCCACAGGAAAUCAAGAUGGAAUUAGACACGGCACUGAGUGACUUGGAGGCCGCAGAUUUUGCAGAACUGUCUGAGGAUUACUACGACAUGAGACGGUUGUAUACGAUUUUAGGGUCUUCUCUAUUUUACAAGGGUUAUUUGAUCUGCAGUCAUUUGCCUAAGGAUGAUCUUAUUGACAUUGCUGUAUACUGUCGCCACUAUUGCCUAUUGCCGUUAGCAGCAAAACAGAGAAUUGGUCAGUUGGUAAUAUGGAGAGAAGUAUUUCCUCGACAUCACCUCCAACCUUCUACAGACUCAAACACUGAAGUCUUUCAGGAACCUGAAGGGAGAUAUUUUUUGCUAAUUGUUGGCUUGAGACAUUAUAUGUUAUGUGUACUAUUAGAAGCUGGAGGCUGUGCAUCCAAAGCUAUUGGGAAUCCUGGACCAGACUGUAUAUAUGUGGAUCAGGUCAGAACAACUCUUCACCAGCUGGAAGGAGUAGAUUCCCGCAUAAAUGAAUGGUUAGCAUCUUCUCCAGGCCCCUGUUUGUCUUGUGCUGACUGGUUCCUUGCUGGAUCACAUGAAAAAUUAGAUAGUUUGACCACCUCACCUAUCCUCAGUAUGCUGCAAGGUACUUCCAAAGUAGCAACCUCUCCAACAUGCAGAAGAACUCUUUUUGGUGACUAUUCCUUAAAAACACGUAAACCCAGUCCUUCCCGAAACAGUGGAGGAUCUGACAAUGGCUGUGAAGGUGGAGAAGGUGUUGGCCUGAGCGCCUGCACUACCCUGGAUGCAGUACGGAAACAAAGAGACUCUCAGGGCUCUGAUGGUUCAGAAGAAGGUGGGGCCUUGCUUAAGGUCACUAAAAAGAAGUCUGUUCUUCCAAAUCCAUUUCAUUUGGGGAACUUGAAAAAGAACCUUUCAGAAAAAGAAUUGGAAAUAUAUAACACAAUGAAAUUGACAUCUGGUCCUGAGAACACACUUUUCCACUAUGUUGCCUUAGAAACAGUGCAAGGGAUCUUUGUUACUCCUACCCAUGAAGAGGUGGCACAGCUAAGUGGCUCUAUCCACCCUCAGCUCAUAAAGAAUUUCCAUCGCUGUUGUCUCUCCAUUCGUGCAAUUUUCCAGCAGACAUUGGUGGAAGAGAAAAAGAAAGCAGGAAAUGGUGGAGCUCCAUCAGGUUCUACUAAUUCAGUGUCUUCUCUUCACCCUGUGAAAGAACAUGGUGUGUUGUUUGAGUGCUCACCUGAAAACUGGACUGAUCAGAGAAAAGCACCACCAGUUAUGGCUUACUGGGUAGUAGGGAGACUCUUUCUUCAUCCCAAACUUCAAGAACUUUACGUCUGUUUUCACGACUCAGUAACAGAAAUUGCCAUCGAAAUGGCUUUUAAAUUGUUCUUUGGAUUAACCUUGUAGUUGUGUUUUCUUGAUGUACGGCAACACUGUGCCUGGAGCAUUGAGCAAUGGUAGAAUUGCUGACAUCCAUACACAGAGAGAUAAAGUUUAGCUUCUUUUCCCUGUUCAGUAUUGAAUGUAAUAUUGUUAAAUAUUGAGAUGAUAUGCUGUUGGAUUUGAUGCACUAAAUCCUAUGUAGUAUUGUGAGACUUUUGAAAAGAUACUUGAUCAAAAUAUGAAGAAGGGAUUGUUAACUUGUUUCCAUUUUGGUAUAUAACAUUAAUUUAUUGACUAGUUUGAAAUAAUGUGAAGUGCUUUAUAUAAAAUUAAUAUAGGACAUAUUUAUCUUGGUUAAA